AUGGCGAUGGAGACACAGACCACCAGCAUGGAGGCUGGCCACGGCCAGGGCUCAUUGAAAUUCUCCCGCUAUCGAUCCGUGCGAAGAGCAGCCACACAGAAGCAGCCCAAACACCUGGAUACCUCGAUUCCUUCUGCCCCCAGCCCCCCGAGCGCCCCUGCAGCUGAAACGAAUUCUUCAAUCAGCCGAAGCAUGUCCCGAUACCGCCGCCAGCGGGCUCCAACAGCCCCUGCCAUGACCGCGCAGCCGUCGGUCCCAGCUCUUCCGACGCAUACAACGCAAUUGAAGGGCUACAGCCCGCGGCGCAUUCCCGAGGAUCAUACCUCUGCAGCGAAGGCAGCGCACGUACCGGCGAUGGCUCGAAGCAUGACGGAACCUGCGAAAGCUACAAAGAACCCGUUCGGCGACGACGCCGCGGCUAUUGAGGAGGACGAGGAAGCUGAGCGCGAGAGACACAGGCAGGAGGCUAUGGCUCGCUUGACAGGGGAAACUGCAAAGCCCGCACUAGCUGUUUCGGCUCCUCGGAGAGUGACUUCUCGGGCCGCAGACGACCGGCGCAAGCACGAUGAUGUGCAGGGAGGUUCCUGGCGGCAUCACAGGUCGGAGGGAACCCCUGAGCCGAAGCGUCGAUCUUUCAAGGAGAAAAUGAAGCUUGUUAUACCCAAGGACAAGUCCAGCACCGAGUCGUCGGCCGUCAAAUCCUCUGAGCCUACUACAGGAAAUCACUUUACUGGAGUGGAUGCGCCUGUUUCCGCGGUCAAUUCAGGGAAGCGCAGCGUUCUGGUCAAAUAUGGGAGGAUGUCGGCCAAGAUGUGCGUCAUGCCGUCGACACGGGUUCAAGAUCUGCUAGCUACUGCCUCGAAGAGUCUGACAAGUGAGAUCGAUCCUCUCAAGUUCAUUAUGAUGGAGUCGUUCAACCAGCUGGGGCUGGAGCGGCCCUUGCGCAGAUACGAGUGUGUGAGGGAUAUCAUGAAUUCGUGGGCGAAUGAUGGAGAGAACGUAUUGAUUAUUGUUCCUGCAGCAAGCAUCGAGUCGUUGCGCCUGCUUGACGCGCAGAAUGUACCGGCCGCACCGCCUGCGGAUGUAACAGUGCACAUUUACUACUCGCAACGGCCCCGUAAGUGGGACAAGCGCUUUGUCACCCUUCGUUCGGAUGGACAGGUCACUGUUUCUAAGAAGGGACAUGGUCAGGACCAAACGAAUGCUUGCCAUCUUUCUGAUUUUGAUAUCUACUCGCCCACGCCGGAAUUUCUGAGCCGAAACGUUGAGCCACCAAAGAAGAUCUGUCAGGCAAUCAAGAGUCAACAAAAGUCGAGCAUGUUCCUCUCGACGGAGAACUUUGUCCAUUUCUUCUCUACCAAUGACAGGGCAGUCGCCGAGCAGUGGCAUCAAGCAGUCCAGGCGUGGCGCAGCUGGUACCUCGUUCACAAACGGGGCGCAGGCCAGAGUGAAGAGGACGAAGAGGUUAACAGCAUCCACCAGCAGAGAAAUGGCUCUUCUCAUUCCAAAUCGGGUCAGCCACAUCAGUUCAAACCCCUAGUGGACCUGGAUUCUGGUACGGAGCAAGAACGAGCACCCUUACAGCAUUCUCCGCCCCAGGAACAUCUCAAAUCAAGCAAGAGCAAAGAUAUCUUCUCGCGGAAGAGACGCUCGCGCGAGCGUGGACCACCACCAUCGUCUUUCCCGAGGUCCCUGGCGGAGUCUGACUCGUCGGGCCCAGCAAUGCAGCCCACCGACGGCUCCCCAUUUUCUUCGUCAGGACUUCUGGGUCGCACAUAUACGCUACGUCAACACGCCAUGAAAGAACGAGAAGAGAAGGAAAAGAGGGCCAACGAAGAGCCGUUCAUCGCUCAUGGACUGGUCGGAACUAUGGGCACGCGUCGCGGUCCAGUCAGCCAGCCUGCCAGCCGAUCGAAUACGAUGACCUCGGCGCAGGCUCCAGACAUGGGCGGUAUCAAGCGGUCUCUUUCUGUGAACAGGGGCAAACCGCUGGUCGACCUGACGCCGGCUUAUCAAGAACCUCCACAACAUGGCCGCAAGGGUCGAGGCGUUGCCGUCGAACCGGGCGUACCAUUGAUUGACGCAGCCACCGGACCCGAGCCCGUGGGAGGCAUCGCCGUCCCGCCGUCGACAACUUGGAGACGUCCCCCCGUGCCACCGGAACCCGCGCCAAGUGCAGAAGCGCAGAACCGCAAGCGCUCCAACACGAUUCGCAGCACCAGCAACCAGCGACACCAUCACACCGCGCCCGCAUCCCCAGUCACCCCCGUGGACAACGCGCAGCCAUCCGAGGGCCCAUUCCUUGCUAAUGGCCUCCUCGCCCGUUCCGUGCAGCUUGCUGCUGUGCAGAACAGCGUCCCAGUCGGUCACGGAGUGGCCACUGGCGAUCGGAACGCCACGAAGCCAAUGCUGGAUCUGACGCCGGCCAACCCGUUCGCCGAAGGCAGCUUGCUACGGAACCUAUAG